CAAUAGAUAGAACCCGCGAUAGCAUCGACUGUUAACGGAGGAGAGACAUGCGUCAUGGAGACGGAGGACAUUUUGAAGGGUUUUGCAGAUGGCAGCAAGGAAGGGAAUUCGGCAGGAGGGAACAACACAGACUGUGCAGAGGUGCUUGCGACAAUACGUGCACAGACUGCGGAGAUGAUAGGUGAUGGUGAUGAAACAGAGAAUGAUGCAGGAAGGAGCACUUGUGAGACGGAAACGGCUGGGGAAGAGAGAGAGGAGGGAGGUCUGGGAAGCAGGGAAUCUCUGAUAGGGUGUAUUGUGAAAGAUGAAAAUGUGGUGAAGACAUCAGCAGGAGAAGAGUACCCAUAUGACAUCAAUUGGGUGUCGGGUCAUGUUCAACCGGGUAUUGUUGGAGGAGCACCCUGCUUUGCGUUCAAAGUCGAAGGGACAUGGGUUCCAUUUCCUGCCCCCAAAAAGAAUACAUGGAGAAACGUGACUCUGACAAUCAUGUUUGACAGACUAUUAAGGUUGAACGAUGGGGCAACAACAAAGUUGCAGCAGCAUAUGGCCCCUGAAAAGUAUGGUUAUCGUGUCAAUUGGGUCCCAGGAUGCUUGCAUCCUGCAGUGGUUGAUGGCAAGGUGACGAUGGCAGCAAGACUACAACUAGCGCAUUGGUUCCCAUUGGGAUGGAUGCAUGCAGGCAUUGUGGAGCAUUGGCAGUUCCUCGUGGUUCUGACACGUGUCUCAAUUUUCAAUUUGAAUGUAAAGGACCACGUCCUAGUGGUUGAACACUCAAAGCGGUGUUGGGAGAGGAUAAGGGAGGAGGAGCGUCAGAUGGUGUGCACGGGUUAUGACUCCAUGGCUGACCAGGGGAUGUGGUCCAUGAUUGAGGGGAGUUGCACGGCCCAAGAGCACGGUGACGGUGAGAAGAGAUACAUGGCUCGCAUUCGCCGCAGGCACGGUUGCACGACCGUUCUUGGUUGGGUCCUGGUCGUAUGUCCCAUGACAUAUGAGCAUGGUGGAGACGUCACCAUGAGAUUCAGAGACCCGCUUGGUGUGCCUUUCCAUCGGACCUACUCAGAUGGACUCCUGCGAGACAUUCGGUACAUGCCGGAGGAUGGCUUGCUUGGUUCAACGCAGGCAGGCAAGAGGACAAAGAAGCGCUCAGAAAUUUCUCGUUUGUCUGUUGAGGUGGAGGGCCCGUGUGGUCCUGGUCGCGUCGGGGGGUGCUCUGCAGCACAGGGUGACGUGGGCGGGCCGAGCGAUGUCACGAUGUCGCAGAGCCCGGGGAAGAAGAAGAAAUGCACGCCGGGACCUCCACGUGGGCAGAUGCCCGCAGGCAGAAAGAAGGUGAGCCCGAAGGCGGUGCUAGGGACCGAAGACACCACAGGUGUACGAACUCAGAUGAUGGCGGUGCGUGCUUUGAUCGAGACUGUCGAGGCGUACUUGGUCGUCAAUUUCGAGAACACCAACAAGGUGGUCAUCCAUUCGAGAAGGGUGACGAUCCAGGUCAGGGACAUGAGACUGGUGGAUAGGUUGUCGAAGCCUCGCUGGGUUGAGAAAUAUCAAGGUAUGUUGGACGAGAAGGCGAGAGCUGAGGAGAGACAGGAACAGAUGGACGCCAGACACGCGCAAAGGGAUGGCAGCAGAGCAGGGGCGAAGAAGAGGAAAGCAGUGCCACGUAAAGGGGGGUCCGCGAAAAAAAAGGCAGCUUGAUAAUUCUACUGUGCGUGCUGCAUAACGG